AUGUCGCGCCACGACUCGGACGCACGCGUGCAGACGCUGGCGCAAGACGACCCGUUCUACGGGCCGUUGGGCCAGCGCUGCAUGGAGUUCACGCGCUCGGUGCCGGCCAUGCCGACCGACUGCUCUCCCGGCCCAGCCAUCACCGUGAACUUGCUCACCGCCUUCAUCGACGGCAGCGGCGUGUACGGGCCUCACGAGUCGCGCGCGGCGCAGGUGCGCGCCGGGGAGGGUGGCCGUCUACUGAUGCAGGAAGGCGCACUGCUGCCGCGCGACCCUCCCGGCGUCCAGAUCGACACGGAGCUGCCCUGCCUCAGCCCCGACCCGGAGGGACGGCCCUGCUUCCUGGCCGGCGACGUGCGCGCCACGGAGCAGAGCGGCCUCGCCACGGUGCACACUAUCUGGAUGCGUGAGCACAACCGACUAGCACGCCGCCUGGAGCGCGUCAACCCCGAAUGGGACGACGAGCAGCUCUUCCAGGAGGCGCGCCGCAUCCUCGGCGCCGAGAUCCAGCACAUCACGUACAACGAGUGGCUGCCGCUGCUGGUAGGCGAGGCAUUCAUGCGGCGCAUGCGCAUGGGCACGCAGAGACGGGGCUUUUCACGCCGCUACUCGAAUCGUGUCAACCCCAGCAUCGCCACCGAGUUUUCUACGGCCGCGUUCCGCGUGGGCCACACACUGAUCCAGGGCCAUCUUGAGCUGUACCGGCGCGUCGCCAGCUCCUCGGUCAGCCUGCGCAUCAACCUGCGCGACGUGUUCCUCGACCCGGCGCUGCUCUACGACGGCCAGCUGGACCAGAUCGCCAUCGGCAUGAUCAAGCAACACCCACAGACGUGCGACGCCAGCAUCGCCGAGGAUCUGACUGAAUUCCUCUUCCAGCCGAAGGGCCACACCUUCGGGCUCGACCUCAUCGCUCUGAACGUGCAGAGAGGCCGCGACCUCGGCAUCGCCUCCUACAACACCAUGCGCUCGCGGUGCGGCCUGCCACGUGUCUCGAGCUUCAGGCAGCUGCAGCGACAGAUGCCGACCGAUGUCGUGCGCCGCCUCCGCAGCGUGUACGCGCACGUCGACGACAUCGACCUGUUCUUUGCACGGCUACGCUGGGGAGACAACUUCUUCUACGACCUCGGCGACCGGCCGUGGAGCUUCACGCGCGUCCAGCUGAACCAGGUGCGCAAGGUGACGUGGGCCCGCAUACUCUGCGACAACGUCAGAAGCAUCGUCAGGAUCCAGCCCAGUGCCUUCCGGUCGGCCGGCAUCGGCAACAGCAUCACGGCGUGGCUGACGAUGGCCGUGCGCCACCUGCGGCUGUACAUAGCGGCCGAAUCUCCAUCUGCUGAGCUGAAACAAGUGGCUAACUUCAUCGCGGCCCACUACGUCCCAGCCUGGUUCACGGUGCGCCAGAACAGCGGCUACAAUUCCGACGCCAAGACCCUGCAUCUCAGCGUUGAGCUGUUCUGCUUGCAGUUGCCGAGCAGCUAA